CUCUGUGGGGUUGAGUGGACCUAAAAAGUGGACCUCCAACACCAUAACAGAGCCACUACAAACCUUCACUGUGGGAAGGAGCUCCAGGCUGCUUUGGAGCCCCCGCAGAAGACAUUAAAGCUCUUUACCGAAGUUUAACAGAUGUGUGUUUAAACUGCAAAGCACAUUAAGGCACAAGCUCAGGAAACAGAAAAACAGAUAAAGAAGGAAUUUGAGAAACUUCACCAGUUUCUAUGAGAUGAAGAGGCAGCCAGGAUAGCUGCACUCAAAGAGGAACAGGAGUAGAAGAGCCAGAUGAUGAAGGAGAAGAUGGAGAUUCUUACAAGAGAGAUCUAAUCCAUUUCAGACACAAUCAGAGCCAUAGAACAGAAGAUGGGAGCUGAAGACAUUUCAUUCCUGCUGAACUACAAGGACACAAAGGUAAAAGCCCAGUGCACACUGCAGGAUUCAGAGGGGGUUUCAGGAGCACUGAUAAAUGUUGACAAGCACCUGGGCUCUCUGAAGUACAGAGUCUGGGAGAAGAUGCUGGGGAUUGUUCAGUACACUCCUGUGACUCUGGACCCCAACACAGCAGGACCCCGACUCUCACUGUCUGAGGAUCUGACCAGUGUGACAUACACGGCUCAGAGACAGCAGCUUCCUAACAACCCAGAGAGGUUUGAUCCCUGGCAGUGUGUGCUGGGGUCUGAGGGAUUCACCUCAGGGAAACACUGCUGGGAUGUUGAGGUGGGAGACAGCAUUUAUUGGAUUUUGAGUGUGGCCAAAAAGUCCAUUAACAGGAAGGGAUCAAUCACUCUGAUCCCAGAAGGAGGGCUGUGGGCUAUAGGUUUAUGGAAAGAUGUUUACAGUGCACUGACCUCACCAAGGAGAUGACUAACUCUGAACAGGAAACUCCAGAAGAUCAAAGUGCAGCUGGACUAUA